AUGAAGCAAAACGGCUUCAACUCUGGGAAGAAUGUACUGGAUGAAAUUGGAGAGAUUUUGGACGGUGUGCAGGAGUACAUGCUGGAGCAUCGAUUCGAGGAGAUGGAGCUCAUUGUUCAGCGUUUGAUGAAGCAGAUUCUUGCCGGUAGCACUGGCAAUCCGGCUUUAGGCCGGCACAGCUCGUUUGUGAGCUUGAUGACAACCGAUGCAGUGAGUAAUCAGGACAAGUUACAGCAACUACUAUCGGACGCGAUUCGGCAUGAACUGGAGGACCGUAUCUGUGUACCACUGAUGUGGGAUCUGACCUAG